AUGGACAUCAAGAUUGUUGGUUUUACGUGCCUUAUCCUGGUUCAACUAUGCACGGCAGCCGAAGUGAUAGUCAGCAAUUAUCGAUUGGAUCCACAAACUGAUCCCGGAUUUUUCAACCCUGGUACCCUACGAGUCACGAGAAAAUCACGCAAACUGCUGGUCAUUUCGGGAUGGUGGGAGAUUUUGCAGAACGCCGGCGAAGACGUUCGCAGUAUAAAUUCAGUGUUGCAUAAGAACGUUCUGACCGGACGAUAUGAGAAAGUUUGGAGUCAAAAUGUAACUGCUUGCGAACUUCUCAAUAAGAAUAGGUCUGUUCUACCGAAGAUCAGGAAGGUGUCCAAUUUUCCGCCAGCAGGAAUGUGUCCGUUUCCAAAAGGACGUUACACAAUUGACAACUACAAGUUCGAGCUUCCGGAGGCAUUCCCUCUUCCGCCGGGAGAUUAUAUUAUUGUUGAACGAAUGAUCAAAGAUGGACAUUUUCUGCUUGGAUUGGAAUGGCCAAUUACGGUGCAUUACUAG